AUGAUAGUCUGUGAGAACAAGAUCCACUUCAUCCCAGGUAUGAUAGGUCCGUUCCUGGGUGUGACCCUGGUGCCUCAGGGGGAGGUGAGGAACAUCAUGAUCCCUAUCUUCCACGACAUGAUGGACUGGGAGCAGAGGAAGAACGGGAACUUCAAACAGGUGGAGGCAGAGCUGAUAGACAAGCUGGACAGCCUGGUGUCUGAGGGGAAAGGAGACGAGAACUACCGAGAACUUUUCAGCCUGCUAACCCAGCUCUUUGGCCCUUACCCCAGUCUGCUGGAGAAGAUUGAGCAAGAGACGUGGAGGGAGACGGGGAUCUCCUUCGUCACCUCUGUCACACGGUUGAUGGAACGUCUGCUGGACUACAGAGACUGCAUGAAAGGAGACGAGACAGAGAACAAGAAGAUUGGCUGUACUGUCAACCUGUUGAACUUCUACAAGUCAGAGAUCAACAAGGAGGAGAUGUACAUCCGCUAUAUCCACAAGCUGUGUGACAUGCACCUCCAGGCUGAGAACUACACAGGUAAUACAACGUCCACCAGCUGUGUGACAUGCACCUCCAGGCUGAGAACUACACAGGCUGAGAACUACACAGGUAAUACAACAUCCACCAGCUGUGUGACCUGCACCUCCAGGCUGAGAACUACAGAGGCUGAGAACUACACAGGUAAUACAACGUCCACAAGCUGUGUGACAUGCACCUCCAGGCUGAGAACUACACAGGCUGAGAACUACACAGGUAAUACAACAUCCACCAGCUGUGUGACAUGCACCUCCAGGCUGAGAACUACACAGGUUGAGAACUACACAGGUAAUACAACAUCCACCAGCUGUGUGACAUGCACCUCCAGGCAGAGAACUACACAGGCUGACAACAUCCACAAGCAGGUAGAACUACACAGGUAA